UUGUGUAGAGGAAGAGGAUAUGAGGGUGGAUGGAUGGGGUGGAUGUUCACUGUGGCGCCCCCUAAUGGACGUGACCGAAAGAGAAACAAGGUUCCAUAAAUUUCUAUCAGAGUGAGAGCUCUUCCCGAGCGUAGCCGGACACAACUAGCCAAGAUGUCGCCGUUCUCUAAGUGUUUUAGGUCAAGCUGGAGAGUUUAUGCCUGUUUUUCACGGCGACACUCAUCACUGAUAACUGAGUUGAUGGAAAACAUGGAUAAGAGAUCAUUGUGGGACCGCUUCUACACUGAGAGCAGCAGCAAGACUUUUAAAAACUUUGAGUGGUUCUUUGGUUUUGACUCCGUUCAGGACUUCAUCAUGCCUCUCUUGCAGUCCAGCGCCCGUCCAGACUCUCCGGUCCGGGUCUUGGAUAUAGGCUGUGGCACGUCUGCGUUAGGCCCCUCCAUCUACAGAAACUCUUCCUUCUCCGUCCACGUCACCUGUGCGGACAUCUCUGCUGUGGCCGUGCGGCUGAUGCAGGAGAAGACUCAACUCGAAGCCAUUCAGCCCAACAAUCCAUCUUCCCUGCUCCAGUUUGUGGAGCUGGACUGCACACAGCUCCACAGGCGUUUCAGUCCAAACAGUCUGGAUCUGAUUGUGGACAAAGGCACCACUGAUGCUUUGUUGAGGUCCAAAGAGGGGAAAGGGAAGGCGUCGCUGGUGCUGCAGCAGUGUUUGAAGGCGCUGCAGAGUUCAGGGUCUCUGCUGCAGUUCUCAGAUGAGGAUCCAGACGCCAGACUUUUGUGGUUGGAGUCAGCAGCUCUGCAUCAUGGACUCAAUGGGGCAGAUGUUGGGGUGCAGGAGGUGGGGCAGCUCCGGGGGGUGUGCUACUUCUGCUACCAUGUCACUCCCCACUCCUCUGCAAAGUGUUAACUUGUAGUGCAGAUAAAUAAAACUCAAACAUUG